AUGUUACUGGACCGACUUGGUUACGAAGCUAACACAUUCUACUAUGCGGCGACAGCUUGCCUCGUACUCGCUACAGUUGUCGUAUUUGUCGAUUAUGGACGAAUGCUUCUGCUGAGGCGAAAAUUGCCCCCUGGACCUUUCCCAUUCCCAAUUGUUGGCAACCACUACCAAAUCUCGAAGGACCGACCCUGGUUACAAUGGGCUGAAUGGGCUGAGUAUUACAACAAUCCUAUGACAACCAUCUGGGUAGGCCGAGAACACCGAAUAAUCGUCCAGGACGCCUGGGUCGCUUCAGAUCUGCUCGAGAAGCGCGCAGACAUAUUCUCGUCGCGCCCUAGAUUCGUCGUCAUGGGUGACCUCGUUGAUGCAACGACUACGAAUCAGACAACAUUGGUUUACGGUGACAGAUGGCGGAUCCAUAGAAAGCUCAUGCUAGCUCUCGCUGUCAUGGAGGCUGUCAACUACAUCGUCCCUGGUUUGUACCUUAUGGAGGCCAUCCCAAUUCUGUCAAAAUUACCGUCUUUCAUAUACAGCACUCCUUCCAAAAUCAAAGCGGGUGCAAAUCUAUUUUCGAAGUAUUUCUACUUCCUUACCCAGGAAGGGGCGAAAGUAGAUGGCCCGACCUUUGCCGCGAAUCUUAUAGAAGCGCAACCGAAGAUGAAUCUCAGCAACAAAGAAGUCUCAGGCCUAGCAGCUAACCUUAUUGGCGGUGGUGUCGACACGACAUCAAGCACUAUGCUUAGUUUCAUUCUCGCCAUGGCAUACUUUCCUGAUGUCCAGAAGAAAGUGCAAGCAGAAUUUGAUGCCGUCGUUGGACACGAUCGAUCACCAAACUGGGACGACGUCGACAAACGCCUGCCGUAUCUAGUGGCUACAGUGAAGGAAGUACUCCGGUGGAGGACAGUGACCAUUCUUGCCGGUAUUCCACAUGCCAAUACUGUCGACUUUGAGUAUAGAGGCUAUCACAUUCCAGCGGGGACGAAUAUUACGGGCAACAUGUGGGCCAUCCACCGUAAUCCUCGUGACUUCCCUGAUCCGGAUGUUCUGCGACCUGAAAGAUUCCUCAAUGGCCUGGAGAAGCCAUAUCCAAACCAGCGAGGGAGUAAUCCAUUCGGUUGGGGCCGACGACAAUGUAGUGGACAGCCACUAGCGGAGCAAGGGCUUUAUUAUUCGUUGGCGAGAAUAGCCUGGGCCUUCAACAUUCAGCCCGGGUUGGAUAAGCAUGGAAAUGAAGUCAAGCUCGAUAUCUUUGCCUACACCAACACAGAGAACAUGCGCCCAGAGCCCUUUGAAGUACGAUUCUCGCCAAGGACACCUAAAAUCCAGGAUAUGAUUCUUUCAGAAGCCAUGAUUGCUUCCGAAGAUUUGAGUAUCUACGAUUGGGAAACCAAGGUUACGAUCAAGGAUGCGCUUCAAGAUGCUUAG